AUGACGUUCUUCGGAUUGGACGGUGGGAAGAAAACCAAAAAGAAGAAGCAUCAUAAGAAGAAGGAUAGAUCUAAUGAUGGGAAAGACAAGAAAGAGAAGCAUCACAAAAAGAAGCUGGUAAGUUUAAAUACAUUAAAUUGGCAAUUAUUACAUAAUUUUUUUUUUAUUUUUUACAUGAAAUUAUGGAAAAAUUUUUGAAGAACUAGGAACCAUUUGAGCCGUAAAUUUGAAAGAAAACUUUUUUAGCUAACUUAUGUACAUUAUGGUUUUUUUAAAUCAAACCUUUUAGAAGUGCCGAACUCCAACACCAGAAAAGAAAGAAAAACCCAAGGAAGCGGUUGAAGCCAAACCAAAGACACCAAUUGCUUCACACGAUGUAAGUUUAAGAUUUGAAUUUUUGAAACUUCUUAUCGUAGUUUUUUCUGGCCCUAGCCAUAGUCCUAGCUUUAGUCCUAACCCUAGCCUCGAGCCCAGAGCCUUACCCCUACUUUUAUAAGUCCGAUUUUUUCAUUUUGGCUCAAGGCCGGUUUCUCAUCAUUAUUUCCAUUUGUUCAGGGUGCCCAGUUUGUUCUAGGCCUUUCUUAUUUAAUUCUAUUUUUCAGAAACCACCAGUAGAAAGUGAAAAGAAAAAACAACCCAAAAUGGAAAUGACACCUCAAGACUCACCACCUUUAAAAGCCAUUGAAGAACCGCCAAGCAAUUCGUACAAAAAAGUAAGUUUGAAACUAUUUUAUUUGAAUACCUUUUUUAGUUACAGUUUUUUCUUAUCUACCUGUUAUUAUACCCCUUUUCAUCACACUUUUAUUCUACCUUUAAUUGUCAAAAACAAUUUUUUUAUCGUACGUACGCAUUAUAUGAGUUCUAAUGACUUUGUUUUUAAAUCUUUAGUCGCCAAAGUCAGCCAAGAAAAGACCAAUGAAUGAAAGGACAGAAGAAUUGAAGGGAACAAGGCCGAAAGAAGCAUCUAAAAAAGUAAGCUUAAAAUGGAUUUAAAAUUCGCCCUACCUUGCCUCACCUUACCCUGUCCUGCUCUGCCUUGUCUUUUGUUGUCUUGCCUUGGCUUUGCCUUUUUUUUCUGCCUUGUCGUUCUUGCCCUGUCCUGCUUUGCCUUGCCCUGCUUUGCCUUGCCCUGCUCUGCAUUGGCCUUGCCUUGCCCUGCCUUGGCUUUGCCUUGCCUUGCCCUGUCUUGCCUUGCUUUGCUCUGCCACGACCACCUUAUUUUCUAUUUUUCUUUUAUUUUGACGUGCGGCCUGUUUCGCAUUUUCCUGCCCUACCUUACCUUAAUCUUUAAAAAAAUGUUUUUCAGAAACGCCAUUCUCCAAAAGUAGAAGUGAAAGAAGAGCCGGAACGAAUAAAAGAAGAACCAGAAGUGGUAAAAGAAGAAACGAGGGAAAGAAAAGAGUCACAGAAAGAAAGGAAAGUGGGACAGAAAGAAACAAAACAAGAAAAGAAGCAUAUACAAGCGAUGGAAGUGAAAUCAAAGGAAACGUCUUUGAAACUGCAAGAAGAGGACCAAAAUGGCCAAAACGAGGCCGCUUAUCCAAAUCGCGAAAGCCUGGGGGUGAAUAUUAGCGAGGUGCUACGGAUCGGUACGAUCAUGUUGAGGAAUGGCAUCGACGUUCAGAGACGGGUAAGAACUUUAAAAGAAAACCAGAGCAGUGGAAAAUUUUUUGGGUCGUUCAAUUAAAUAUUUUUUUUUGGUUCGUUCAAUUAAUUAUGAGCCCCUCACAAAGCAAAUUUUUAGACUAAGGGGCACAGAAUUAUUUGAAAAGUCUAUUUUUUUAUAUUUUUAUCAUGACAAAUUUUCAGCGCUCCUUCGAGUGGCUAGCCGAAAACCGCGCCAACCUUCAGGACGAACGCCACGACGCGGCGUUUCACUUGAAUGUGGCAAUCGGCGACGUGCCAAUGUCCCGGGAUUUGGCGGUGGAAUCGGUGAAAGUGUUGGUGAAGCAGGGCUUCGUAACCGAAGACGAAUACCGUGAACAUUUUAUGAUUUUGGAACAGGCCACGACCAAUCAACAUGUUACGGUGGGGCAGUUGAGUCAUUUGUUGGCGAUGCACGCGGCCUACUACAAGGACACGACCGAAUCCAAUUUCUGA